UACGUAGUCCCUCAUCAUCGAUAUAUCAAAGACAAGAGUCAAAGCACUCUGCUUAAGUCACUCAACCUAUUCCGACGGCGCUGGACCGACACCGAAGGAACGCCGCCGCUCUACCAUCUGUCCAGCCCUACAUAUGAAACCCAAAGGUAGCUCCCCGUCACGUGUCUACAACAGAGGGCGGGGCGCUCCUUGCCAAUGGCCCACCUUUUCCCGAAUGAAAUCUGGAACUCCCAAUCGCCUUCUACUUUGAGGAGCAAAAGGCAGAGCUUGGAGAAAAGGAGAUGUAGGAUUCAGGAGGUGUGUGUGACUGACAGCGCUGCGGCUCAAUCCCCGCCUGGAGGUUCCCCCCGGCCCUCCUACCCGUCUCCAACCAUGGGCGGGGGUGGAACAAUGGAAAGAAAAGGAGGUGGAGGCAGAAAAAUGGCAGCGGCGGCGGCGGCGAUUGCGGCGGUAGUAUUAACGGCGGCGAGAGGCGGCGGUCUGAGGCGAAGCGCGACGUCUACUGCCUGCUGUUGUUUUCCCGCGCUGUUGCUGGCGGCGUCGCUGGGCUUGUUCCAGGUUUCAGCUGUGGACAUCUACACGCCAGGAGAACUCUCUGUGGAGAAUGGGACAGAGGCAAAGCUUCCAUGUACUUUUGCAUCAUCAGAAGUGAUCAGCAGUGCAGCUUCCGUCACCUGGAGCUUUCAAGCAGAGGGAUCGACUACAUCUGUUUCGUUCUUCUAUUAUUCCAAUGGGAAAGCAUAUCCUGGAAAGAGUACACAAUUUAAGGACAGAAGCAGCUGGGCUGGAGAUCUUAACAAGAAAGAUGCAUCUAUAAGUAUAGCAAACAUGCAGUUUCAGGACAAUGGAACUUAUAUCUGUGAUGUUAAGAAUCCUCCAGACAUAGAAGGGACUCGGGGAGAAAUCAAAGUCAGAGUUGUGGAGAAAGGUAUAGUAGGCCCUGGUAACUUGCGUGUAUUUCCCACUGCCCUUGUGGCAGGAAGCAUUGGUGGAGUUUUGGGUUUCAUUUUGCUCAUUGCUCUUACUGUGUGUGCUGUGUAUAGAAAGAAGAAUUCUAAAAAGCAUUACUCUGGCUGCAGUACCUCUGAGAGCUUGGUGUCUCCAGUUAAGCAGGCUCCACGGAAGUCCCCCUCCGACACAGAGGGUCUGGUAAACAGCGUGCCCAUCCGAUCACACCAGGGACCAGUAAUUUAUGCACAGUUAGAUCACUCCGGAGGGCAUUACAGUGACAAGAUCAUCAAGUCAGAGUCUGUGGUCUAUGCUGACAUUCGGAAGAACUGAGGAGAUCUCAACCCUACCCAAAGCUAAACAAAAAUUCAAACUGGAAUCGCUUGAAGAAAAUUGACCCAGAGAACUCACAUGUGGCCUUUGAUGCCUAGGCUAGGACCAAUGCAUGUGCAAACAAAGAGAAAGAGAUUAUAUAUUGUGUGUAAAUAGUCUUAUUUAAUCGUACAGAAAUGAGAACAAUGUUGCAUGUUGAACUAUGAUAAGAAUUCUGCUUAUAAAUUGCCCUUUUUGUAUCUAGGAUAAGGGGAAGACAUCAAAUAUUCAUUUGCACCCUUAAUUUGUCUUGAUUGUGGAAAAACUGAAAAAUUCCUGCAUAUUCUAAUUGAUUUGAUACCUUGGUGUUUUUUUAACAGGGUCUGUUCCUUUCGUUGAAAUGGACAUGAAGAACUGUUUUGGCAUGAAUCUUUUUCACACACGUUUUCGUAUUUCAUGCCUCUCUACUCCUUCCUGGACACAUUUUAUCCAUAUGAAAAUCUUUCACUUGCCUUCAGCUCCCAGCAUGUUUUUUUAAACUGAAGUUAAAGGUCUAUUUUCAGGGCAUUAAUUAAAACAUACAUCUUUUGAAGGUAGUCUCCCAUAAGAGUAAAGUGGUUUUUCCACCUUUAUAAAUUAAAAUGAGGCAUUUUUGAUAAUGCAGUAUUGAUAAGAGGUCCCCUUUUCUUUACUUUCCCCUUCCACAUCUCUAAAUGUGAAUACUUCAGGUCUUAUGGAGUAUCAGCAAUAUGAGGGGGUGCUGAUAAGUAUUGAGCCUUUCCCAGAAAAAACUGAGCUAGGAAGCUGUAACUCCCACACUAUUCCCCAGGAAGUCAAUGCACCUGAGAGAUCUGUGCUGCAGCUUCUCAAGUCCCACAGAUAAAAUUCUUCCGACUGCUGGUGUAACCCACUCGUUUGCAGCAUUAGUUGCCUCCAGAACACUCCCAAAUUAUUGU